GAAUCACCAAAAAGGCCAGUGCGGGAGAGGCAAGGUAGGCUGCAAAAAGUACAGAGGGAAGUUCCCUUUAGCCGUCAGACGAGGUUCUUUCUGUGUUCUCUUCUCACGAUUAAUUCUGCAUGUGUUCUCAAAGGAAGCAACAACGCAAUGAAUGGUCAGUCUUCAUGUCUCCCGAUUGAAGAUCAGAAUGGACCACUGAUGAUACUCAAUAUGGCCAAAGCCGAGGUAUUGCUUCAGGGAGUCCCCAUAUCUUCUCUUUGGAACUCUUCUGUUGCGGAAGUUGAUGAACACAUCGAGCACACAAUCUUAGGGAAGUGA